UGGGGGAGGUUUCUGCACUGCAGAAAAGGCCCUUGUUUCUGUGUCAACAUGUUUGAAUUGUUCAUUGUUUGUGCAGUGGGUCCGUAGAAUGCCACCUCCAUUCACCCCUGAAUACAUAGCAACCCCAUUCGUUCUGUGUUUGCCCUGGGUCUUGGAAAUUCAAAUAGAAACUUGAUGUCAGAGUUCUGAACACACGCAAGGAGCAGCUUUUACAAGAACACCAUGGACAGAGCAGCGACCUUGGGACUGCUUCUUAUUGUACUGUUACAAGUAUGUGGAUCCUUUUGCGUCAGUGAGCCUCAAUUUCUCAACUUACCACAAACUGUUGGAAUCCCAGAAAACAGCCUGCCAGGAACCACAGUGUAUUCAGUCACUCUUGAAAACUGGCAGGAUUGGCAGUCAACAGUGACCAUAUCUGUCAAUCCUGCCACCACAUUCUUCAACAACCCUUCCAUUAACUCAACAAAAAUAGCAACGAUCACACUGAGCAGCUCUGCAGCACUAAAUGCUUUGAUGGUGAAUCAGUACACCAUAACCUUUACUUACAGUAAUGGUUACGGCAGAAUUUCUUCAAACCUAUACGUGCAGAUCGUCCCAGUCAGCUAUCCUCCACAGUGUGCAACACCUUUCUCAAGCCAGGUUGGAGAUACAGUGCAGGUGCUGGAGAAUGUGCCCAAGACCACCAAGAUUUACACAGCCAUCGCUACUGACGCCAAUGCUGGCACUAUCUUCAGUUAUAAAAUAAGAAAUGUUGUGCCAACUGGACAGUUCACCAUCGAUGAUUCUGGCAACAUUUAUCCAAAUCAGGCUUUCAAUUAUCAGACUGGUGACCGGAGUUUCACGCUGAUGAUAGAAGUGAAGGAUCAGCAUGGAGGUUCAUGCAAUGGGACCCUCACUGUGGAGGUCUUGCCUGUUGACAAGACCACCAUAACCUUCAACCUUGUCAACCAGCGUGUAACGAUUCAAGAGAACACAGGGCCAGCAGCUGAGGUAGCUACAGUCACAGCUGUGGGAACAGAAGUGCGCUACCAGUUAAUAAUCCCAACGUCAUCCUUUCAGAUCGAUGAACAAUCAGGGCUGAUCAGGACAACCUACAAUCUCGAUCUGGAUUCCAACCCAGGCCUGGCGUUCACCUCCUUACUGAUCCGCGCCUACGACCCGGUCCAUAAGGUCAGCGCCACAGCUACCGUGCAAGUGACGGUGCAGGACGCCAAUGAUAUCCCUCCAUUCUGCACACCUGCAGUCGUUGUAACUCAUGUGCCUGAGACCACACCCAUUGCAGGCAGUCUCUUUACCUUGAGCUGCUCGGACAGGGACAGCACAGGCAAUACACUCUCUUACAGCAUUCAGGCUGACGGUGUCUCUAGGUACAUGUUCCGUCUGCAGGGGACCACCCUGGAGUUAAACAAUACACUGGACUAUGACUCUGCUGUAAUGGCAGGUGUUGAUUUCCAGUACCCCAUUACCAUCAUAGUAAAGGACAGUGGAGUGCCUCAGUUGACAACCAGCGUUUCAGUGUUUGUGACAGUGACUCCAGUUAACGAGUUCCCCCCCACCUUCAAGGAACCUUUCACCUUCACAGUGAAUGAGAGGAGCCCAGUGGGCACCGUCAUUGGGGUGGUCACAGCAACUGACCGUGACUGGCCCUUUAACAACAUCCAGUACCGAAUCACUGGGGGCAAUGGCAACAGCCCACCUCAAUUCUACAUUGAUCCCAGGAGCGGCCAGAUCAAUCUCUUGUCCACUCUGGACUUUGAAAGACAGUCAACCUACCAGCUGAUGAUUGAGGCAGUGGAUAUGAACCAAGACCUGCAGCCUGAUCCUGAUAGACAGAAGACAGCCUUGCAGACCAUCACUGUCAAUGUCCUGGAUACCAACGAUAACCCACCAGUGUGCAAACCUCCAUACUACGAGGCCACUAUCUUCUCCACCCUCAAAGCCGGGCAGGAAAUAGUUCUGGUUAAGUGCACUGACCAAGACAUUACCUCCACGCUCACCUACAUGCUCGUGGGAGGUAACGUUAACAAUCGAUUCGCCAUGACUGAAAACAUUCUGGUGUCCCAGAACACCUUCUCUUACCUGAAACCGGGGGUGUAUGACCCCACGACCUAUGAACUCCUGGUCAAGGUGACGGACGGUGGUCCCCCGACCUUCUCCACCACGGUGACAGUGAUAGUCCACGUGAUUCCAUGGACAACCACAGUCCCCACCACCACCCACAAAACCACGAAAGUGACCCUCGUUCCUCAGAUUGUCACUGUGGUUGACAAUCAGUGGACCCCAGACCCCUGGUUCGUAGCCGUUCUUGCUGUGACUGGCGUCCUCGUACUGUUAGCACUAGCUUUACUGAUCUGGAAACUGCUGAGCAUGACAUCACUUUGCAGGCGAGUCCCAACAGAGACAGCCAAACCACUUCUGCAAGACAGAACCUUUGGUGACACUGCAGCCCCUACACCAGAGAGGAGUCUCCCGCAGGACCCCAGGAAGGACAGAGAGCACACAGCAAACCCACUGUCACUGCAGUAUGAUGGAAGAGCACAAGACCCAUUUACAGGGCGGGACUAUCUGUUCAACAGUGUCACAGGACAGAGAUGCUGGGUUUGAAGAGACGUGCUUAUUGAUCACACAGCACCCCACCAUGAUUCACUGAGUACCCUUGCCUCGCUGCCAGCUUCACAUCCCAACAUCCCAAUCACAGUGCUGUACUGUACUUUAGAGGUUCCAUUCCACAGCUCUCUUCCAGCUGUUUGAAUUUUUCAACACUAUCUCCUGUUCUUUUAAUCACAUAUGGCAGGGCUGGCCAACCCUGGUCCUGGAGAGCCACACGGUCUUCUGGUUAUUCAUUCCACCUGAACCUAUUAUUUUCUUAACUGGUCAACACUAAAAUAAAUGUCUAGGUCUUUAGCCGCUGAUGAUUUAAAGAUACCCAGAAAACCUGCAGGAUUGUGGCUCUCCAGGAGCAAGGUUUUUCUUGAUUCAGAAUUGCAUUUGUUUUGUUUUUUUUACUUCCAGAUGCACCCAUGCUGGAGUAAAUAGCUUUGAGAAUCUAAACCCUGCUGUACUGGUGAAUGUACUUGAAUGACACAGGGUUCAUGCUGUUUGGAACUCCACUUACUGCAACACAUGCAGUGCCAUCCUGCCUUACUGGCACAGUGAAUGGCACAAAGAUAAAUCAUUUCUCUGAAAGGGGAAGUACUGCAUUAAACAUGGUUUAAAAGGCCGUACAUUUUAGAACUGAAAUGUCGAGAUAAAUAACUGGAUAAGGCAGCGGUGUAAAAGGAUACAGGACUAAAAAUAAGGCGUGGAUGGGUGGAUUUUAAAUAUGACAAUUCCUUAUGUUGUUUCAUUUCUUUGAGUGUACAGCUACUGUGCUAGUCAGCCACUACAUACAUCGUUUCUUGUGUAAAUGUGUAGAAUGGCAACUGGAAUAAUACCCUUAUAAUUUGCUUCACUAUUUGUACUGUAUUUCCCAAAGCACUGAAGUUAAAUUAUGUCUGUAUUGUUUUGAUCGUUCUUUAAUAUUUGUGCCAGAAACAUUUGUCUACUGUCAGUUUUGUAUGAAUACGAAUUGCUGUGUAGCAUGUGUUUGUAUAAUUUCAAUAAGGCACCCACAUUUUCCUUAACUACUCAUAUGAUUUUCUAAAAAUAACAGUGUAUCUGUUUUUUGUUAUUGUUGGAAUAAAUGUGUUCUUUAGAGUGACAGAUAUAAUAGCUUU